AGCGUAAACAUCACCGCCCCGUGGACCCUGGACCUGGUUCUAGACUAGCGUUGCGUCCCUCUCUCACCACAGACGGACGGGUGCGCUGGCCCGGUGCGGACGCGGAGCGGUGCUGUGUGCAGGAGCGGAGUGGGUGUGUGUGUGUGCGUGUGCAUGUGCACGUGCACGUGAAUGUCCACGCGUCUGUCUUCCAUCAUGUAACAGUACUCCUGCCUGAACCAGAGAUAAGGAGAAGAGAAAAAAAGCCGAAUUCGAACGCCGAUGGAAUCGUGUGUGAUGUGUCCGUUGAUGGAUCUCCGCCGUGUGUUGUUCCCGCGGUCCCCGGACGGAGUCUCGCGGGAACUCUUUCCCGCCGACGACGGGGAGAAGGACGUUAGCGGGAGCAAACGGGAACUCUUGCGACGGCUCGACCAGGACUUGCAGGAUAUCCGGGAGAUGGAGAAGCGGAAGUGGAACUUUGAUUUCGAGACCAUGACCCCAUUGCCCGGACGCUAUAAAUGGGUCCCCGUCCGCAGCUCCAGUCCCGAGGGGAGUCGGACCGAGUUCGUCUUCAACGGUCCUCCUCUAGACCACGACGACGGCAACAGCGACAAGAGCGAAAAAAGUGGGGAAAAUUCCCAUGCAGGAUCUCGGAGGAGACGGGAGAAGUCUCUCCAGACCUCUAUCACAGAUUUCAUGCAUCCGAAGAGGAAGCGACAGCGGCUGUUCAAGGCCGAUGAGUCCCCUCCGACUUCCACCAAGGAAGGGACCACGACCUAGAAGAGGAAGGGAAGCGAGAGACCCUGAAGGAAGAAGAAGAAAAAAAAGAGGGAUUAUGAUUUUUUUUUAUAAUAGUGGUUAUGGAACCAUUAUCAUCAUGCUGUGCCUGUGAAUAACCUUUCUUUUUUUGCCGGGUGGGGUCCAUCAGUACAAAGUCCAGCCCAGUUUGUGAACGAAAAGUGAGAAAGAUAGGAAGAAUCAAAAAGUUUGUCGAAAGGGAAGAGAAGAAAGGAUGGUCUGCAUUGCUCAUGGCGUGUUCUCAAGUAUUACUUUUUGUUAUUUUUCAUGAUGAGAAAUUUUCGAUCUCCGUACGAAGCGAUCUCGAUCUCGCGACGCGAGAGGUUUUUCAUCUCUUUUUUUUUCCCUCCCCCUUCCCCCAAAAUCUUCCCAUUCUCGUUCAGGGAUGCCUCGAAUCUCAGAUGAAAACCAACUAAGCAUGCCAUCUCAAUGGGACCCAAGUUCAAAGCGAUGCAGAUUCUCACAAAACUACAAAAUUUUGUUUCUUUUCGCCCCUUUUUUGUAUAGGGUGUCAUGUGUCCUUGUUAACUUAUUUGUUUUUUUUUUCUUAUUAAAAAGGAAAUUCAUGCAAUUAUGUCACUUUGGUAGCAGAGCUUUAAAAACGCCUUUUUUUCAAGACUUGAGAAAAACUUCAAAUAUGGAAAAAGCACACACACUGGGACCAUCUUUCCUAUUUUAUUUUUGCAGCACUCAUACCAUCGCACUGUCACCUUUCCCUGAAUAUAUUAAUCGUAGACCUCCGAAGUUGUAGAGCCUUCCCCGAUGUCUAAUAUUUUUCGUGCACACACAUUGUGACUCGGUGAUUUUUUUUUUGUUCGAGAGACAAACAAAAAAUGAGAUUUUUUUAAAAUGAAGGUCCUCUAGUCCUGCCCUGUAUAAAAAUAUUAUCAUCCAUACAUGUGUGGAUUAACUCCCCCCCCCCCCCUCCCGUGGA